CGUCUUCUCCCACGAGCCCCACGUUCGCCUCCUGCCCUUGGUCUCGCCCUUGCAAGCCCUCGUCGCAUAAAUCCUACUUGGCCCGCUCAACCAAGGGCCUUCACCGCCUCGACCCGACCCGACCCUCGCCAGCAAGCUCGACAGUCAUGGUUAGCCAGGCGCUGCGCAAGCGCUCCAGCCGCCUCAGCACCGUCACGACCGACCAACGCCGCCAGGCCAUCGCCUCUAUCCAUGAAUCCUACGGCAGCCACCAGGUCGGCGCCUUGGAAGAAAAGCUCCGGGCUCUUCGCAGCAGCUUUACCCGAGAGCACAUCCGCUCCUGGGUCUACACUUCGUUUCCCAUCAUCCCGCAGAUCCUGUCGUACAAUCUAAAGCUCUUUGGCGAAGACAUUGUUGCUGCCGUGACCAUCGCGUUUGUCCUGAUUCCGCAGUCCAUCGCCUACAGCACGCUUGCUCAGGUUCAGCCGAUUCGUGCGCUGCUCUCGUCCGUCUUCCCAGUCGUUAUCUAUGCCAUCUUUGGCCAGUCGCGACAACUCUCCGUUGGCCCAGAAGCUCUGUCGAGUGUUCUCGUCGGCGUCACUGUGCUGCAGGAGUCGCAAAACGGCUACAGCACGGACCAGCUCGCCUCCAGUCUCGCCUUUCUGGUUGGCGUCUUUCUGCUCAUCCUCUCGGCCCUGCAAGCCGGCUUCAUCGACAAUAUCCUGUCCGGCUAUUUGCUGACUGGAUUUGUCACGGGUGUAGCAUCUUUGAUCAUGGUCGAGCAGCUUCCCGAACUGCUCGGCAUCAACGACCAUCCCGCUGGCGAGCUCUCGACCAUCCAGAAGCUCACCGAGGUGUGUAACUACCUGUCGACGACCAACUUCAAGACCCUGGCCUGCAGCAUCGUCAGCAUCGCCUUCCUGCUGAGCAUCCAAACGAUCAAGAAAAAAUACGGCCACAAGAGCGGUGCCCUUCGUCUCAUGCCGCAAAUCCUGCUGCUUGUUAUCAUCAUGAUCUCGGUCUCGGCCGCGGCCGAUUUCAACUCAAUGGGAAUCCACAUUCUGGGUCGGUUCAACAACCAAAUCUCGCCGCCGACCCUGCCGCCUCUCAGCUUUCCCAUGAUCCAGCGACUGGUCUAUCCAACCAUCAUCCUGACCAUCGUCGGGUUUGUCGAGUCCCAGACGGUCACAAAGAAGUUUGGUCUCAAGAACGAGUAUUCGCCCUCGGGUAACCGCGAGCUCUUUGCCCUUGGCAUAGCCAACCUCGUGGGAUCAUUUAUGGGAUGCUAUGUCACCUUUGGCUCGCUACCCAGAUCCAAGAUCUUGGCGGUGGCUGGUGGACGCACCACUCUCGCGGGCCUCUUUGCAGCGAUUCUGGUGCUGAUAGCGUUCGUCACGCUGGUCCCGGUGCUCCAGUUCCUGCCCAAGAGCACACUGGCGUCCAUUGUGUUUGUGGCUGCAUACAACCUGAUCGAAUGGGGCGAGAUUAUCUUUGUGUUCAAGAUUCGGGGCUGGAUCGAGGUGGCCCUGUUUCUGAUUGCCUGGGCCCUCACCCUGGCCACGACGAUCAGUGAUGGCAUUGUGCUGUGCCUGCUCCUGGCCUCUCUCAUCAUCUUCAGACACACCACCAUCGUCAACAUGUCCGUCCUCGGUUGGGUGCCGAACGGCAUCACGAACGACAGUGGCUACUUUGUCGACACCAAGGAGCACCCUGAGGCUGAGUUGUUUGACAAUGUCCUGAUCAUGAAGAUCGAGGCACCGAUCAUGUUUUACAACUGCGGUACCCUCCAGCGCAAGAUUGACUUGCUGAUCCGAGCCGAACAGAAACUGGCGCUGCAGCACGCCCGCGAGGUCAACCCAGUGUUGGUUGGUGGCGACAGCACACUUGGCGGAGACACAGAUCUGCGCGGCAGCGACACCGAUCUCGGCACCGUCCAAGUCACUGGUGACGACCACGGCGGACAUAACCCGCACUACAUUUUGAUUGAUCUGAAGAACAGCACCGACAUGGACUCGGCGGCAAUCCAUAUGCUCAAGGUUAUCACACGCUCGUUCAAGCGACGCAAGUUCCCCAUCUACUUUACCGGUCUGCACGAUUUCCACAUUGUGCUCUUCCGGCGCUCGGGGCUCCUGGACCUCGUUGGAUCGGAGCACAUCUUUGACACGAUCCAAGAGGGCAUCCACGCAAUCGACCGGGAGGUCGAGGAGGAAGAGCGAGCCAGGGGCAACAACCCGCCUACCAAUCCGUUCGACCAGCCCGACGACGAGCCGGAGGACAAGGAUGCCGCUGCCGGCAACAGAGUCAUGCUCCAGCUCGGCCACGCUGUCACAAUCACACCAAACUAGCGGGUUUGCAUCCUGGCAUUCGGCGGGUGGAUUGCUCAAAGAUCCCGGGUCGUGGAUUCCUCUGAUGCGAGAGCGGGGGGUGAGGAGAGACGGGCAAAGUCCGUGCUUUCUCGUAUCUGUGGACUGGCCUGCAAUAGGACACAUUUGCACGUUCCAGAGGA